AAAACGUGGAAUAAAUGAUAUAACGUCCGGAAAUUGGGUUUAAUCCAAGUCUUCUUUAUUUUUCUUUUAUUUCAUGAACAAUCGGAUGUCCCAUAUACCUAUCCAAAUCCCAGAAAUCUGUAUGUUUAUUUCCUACAUUAAUUUAAAAGGUUUAAGGAACAUCCGUUUAUUCAUUUUCAAGCCAUUACUUAUCUACCUACAGUACUGCCAACCACGAAGACAACAGCGUAGCGUUUCGAAAUUCAAAACUUGACAAGUGAUUGUAAACAUGCAUUAUAUUGUAAUAUUAGUAACGAUUUUCUCUCUGUAUAGUUUGUCAAGGGCUUUUCGCGGCCGACAAUGAUAUCAGAGCUGUGGCAUAACUAUUUUUCGUAGUAAAUAAGCCUAUGUUGUAAUAUACGGAGAAUGUCAAUUAACAUCUCCGUCCAUGGGAGUCCGACGAACAUUCGAAGAAGAAAGAUGCUGCUUACAGAUAUUGAAAAUCUGAAGAAGAAUGAAAUAAAUCGGCGCCGAAGAUUACGUCUGGAACAGGUACGCCAGCAGUCAAAAGACAUAGCAACUCAGAUACGUCAGAAAGUAAGAAGUGAGCAAGAUAAACAGGGCAGUGCCUUUGAAUGUCAGCAGGCUGCGGAAUUAAAAAGAUUGCAAGCUUAUAGGUUGUUGUUACUGCAGGGGCAGUACCAAGACUGUCUCAAAGAAGUAGGAAUGGGCCACAUGCAAGCAGCGUUACAGCCGGAUGCAGCUGCUGUUCUAGAAGCUGAACGCGAGAGGAACCACAUGCAAGCAGAGGAUAGAGGCAGAGAAGCAACUGUGAAACUGAGACAGGAGCAGGCACAUGCAGAACAUGAGAGGGAUGCUUCAAAAAAGCGGCAGAAAUUUGUGCGAAACGUUGAAGAUUUGAGAUCUAUAGUCGUAGCGUCACUCGAGAAGAAGACACCAAAACAGGCAUCCAGGAAAGACAUGGAUACAUCUGAUACAUCAGCUGAGGGAAUCCACUCAGAUGACUCCCCUUCUACUGCAUCCACAACAAGCAGUAUAUCAACGGAAGCAGCGCAGCCCAGGGUAUGGGUCUAUGAUCAUGGCAGCAGGUUUGAGAGUCAACACCCUAUACAGGCAAGAGUGGAGCGAAUGUUCCCAUGUGCACAUGAGCCAGAUGCCACAGAGGCAGCUCAGCUUGAAUCUCAGAUGUUCCAAAGUAGCAAGCUGCUAUCAGAUGAUGAGGCCACCAGCCGGUUGCGUGCCAGAGGUCAGCAAGCACUCAUAAAGGAGCAUUUGCACCAAGACUACAGACAGCUGCUGGGCGACUUGCGCACACUGGCACGAGAGGAGAGGUUGAUUCGAAGCACCCAGGCACACCGUCUCCCAGCAGAAAUGUUUCUAGAGGAUUACCGGCGUGAAGAACUGUGUACAAGGCGACAGAAGAACAUGGACUCAGCUUUUGAAAAUGUAUACCACACUGUUCAGCAAGGCUAUUUCUCAUGUCCUUCAUCUGUAGCAGGGACUGGUGGUUCACAGCACUGGGAGGUGGCAGAACUGAAUGUUGCUGAGUGGCAGCCACUGAAACAGAAGAGUGCUUCUCCCAUAAAUAGUAUCAAUGUAGCGGCAUCCAGCGGGGACUCACAUCCAGCUGCAAUCGGGAUAGUGCAUUCCAAGGGGAGAACCUCCACAUCAGAAGAUUCAGUGGAAAGAGUAAACAUCCAGCAGCCGCUCCUUGAGGAUGAGAUGAAUGUGGAUAUCACUGCGCCUCAAGAAGCAUUUCAUACUGGAGGCUCAGUUCCUGUUGGUAGCACUGACCAGUUUCCUGUUGGGAGAAGUUUGAAUGUGAGAUGGUCAUCUUUACAUGAAGAUGAACUAAAAUGUGGCAAAGAAAGGAAAGAUGCCAUUGAUCAUGAAGAAGAGGCAGUACUUCACAAAGAGGAAGUUAAGCAAAAAGCAGAGGAAUUUGAGGGCGAUGAAGUCAGAGAUGAGCAAGUGUCACUUGUUGAGAUGCCAUCAGCUUUAAGCAGGAACAGUACUGAUGAUAAAGUUCAGGAAGAUGAAAUGAGUCAGUUAUCAGUGGCGCUUGGGAUGAAAAAAUGUGGAAAACACAGACGUCACAGAGCAAGCAGGGAAGGUGAUAAAAUUACAAAGACAUGUGAUAAAGGAUGUAGAAAACAUGGCAAAGGAAGGACAGUGGAAAGUCAGAAAAUGGCUUCAGACGUAGAUAAGUGUGACAGAAGUGACGCUGAGAUGGUAAGAGAAAGUGAUGCUGCAGCAGUUUGCAGCGAAUACCGUUUAAAUGUGUCAGUGUGUAAAACGAGAGAGCAGAGUGCGGAGUCAGUGACAGGGAGCAGCACCUCAGCAUCGUAUGAGAGACUGAAAGUUGUGGUAAGUCAGUCUGAAUCGACAGAUGAGAAACACCAGUUGGCCACUUCUCCAGAAAAGGUUGAAAUAUUUCCAUGCAGGGUUUCACUGCAAAAAAUUGAAAGGUCUGAUAUUGUCAGGGGGAACAUUUGCAAGCAGAAACAUAUUCCACAUGAUGGAGACAAUAGAAGUGUCAAGGAGAAGGGCAUAGCAAUGAGAGGGAAUAUACCAGAAGCUGUGGAAAUAGAUGUAAUGCUUCAGAAAGGGGAAAGUGACAGACAAAAAGAUAGAACAAAGAAGGGGAAUGUUCCUUUGGAUAAGGACUUUUCAGAGGCUAGUACUGCUUACAUAAGUCCACCAGAUCAGUCUGAUUCUUCAGACAUUCACGGUCUUGGGAAACAGAUUGAAACUGUUCACAAAUAUGAAGAGAGAUGUCCCGAUGCAUGUGGAACUAACUCCUCUUUAGCAGUUUACAUAUCACGACUCCUUGUAAUGAGCAGGGAGAGUGUUGAGAAUCUUGACGUAAGCAUGAGCGACACUUCUGCGCCAGAUGUGGAAACAAGUGGGGCCGAAGAGAUUGACAGAAAUGUACAUCAUGAAAUGACAGUAGGCAGCGCAAAAAGAAAAGAAACAAUGCAGAAACAAAUGCAUACAAAUCUGAGAUCAGGUAUCGACGCUGUAGAAGAGUUGACACACACCAUGAAGGAGGAGAUGCGAUAUAUGACGGAUGAUGUUCGAAUGCCACGAUUGGAACGUGAAACCGUGUCACAUAGUAGACAGGCAGUUUGUAUCACAUCAGUAUCGCAGGUAGCAGGAGCUAAUUCUUACAAUGCAUUCAGACACUCUGCCACUGAGAUACAGAGCACCUCAACUCUAGGAAUGUUACCAACUUCCCAUAAAAUUAUGAGCAGAGACUUACACGAUAGAAUGAGCAGACUUGAAGGUACAGGAAGGAAAGAUGUAUCCAUGCAAGAACAACUGCAUAGCUCAUGUAGGUGCAGUGACAGUUUAUGUGAAUUUAAUGUAAAAACCCCCCCAUUUCCAUCAUUUAUUUCAGACAUGAGUCUUGAUGAAUAUAAAGUACUUAAAUUCCCCCAAAUUUUUUCAGGUUAUUCAGAGAAAUGCUCAGAAAGAAUUUCAAAUCUUACCAAGAAAAUAGAGCAAAUUCGCGGCAAGAAAUGGAAGCUCAUAGAAUGUUCAGGCAGCAGGAGCAGCAAUAAUGCCAGUAGCAAUGGGUUUGACUCAACAAAAUAUUUGAGGUCACCCGAAUCGUCUUCUGUGAUGACACAUCUUUCAAGUAAAGACAAGGGGCACAUCAGCACAGAGGUUACAGAUCGAAAAUCAGGAGCUCCCACUUGGGUUCCUAAUGCAGAUAGUAGACAACAAGUGUCUCAAAAUGAAGGAAGCGCAGAAGGUGUUGCCUCCAUUAAACCAGUUGGUGGAGGUGGAACUGGAGAGCAGCAGCAGCAGCGUUGCCAUCGACCUCACGUUCGUCCACCUCCGUGCCUCUGGAGGCACAAGUUACAGAGUGCUGUAGACACACGACCAGUCAAGGAACUCUCAACCAUUACUGAAGCGGAGUCCACACAAUCUGUAUACUCUUGCAAUACAAAGCACCCAAAGAGUGUUGCUGAAGAGAAGUCUGAAAGUGGUGAAGAUAGUGAAGUUUGGGUUGACGACGACAUACCUGACGUUAUGAUGGAGAUGUUGAGGAGGGGGCUGAUCACAAGCCCUCUGGCAUGGACGAAGAUGGCUGAGCAGUCAGAUCAUGAAACGUCUGAAGUGUCAGCCUCCCGUUCAGGUGACAGUGAUGGGUCAGGACCAUCGUCACAUGAUACCGAAAGCAGAAACUCCACUGCUUCAGUUCCCCAGCAUGCUGAACAUGAAAAGUUUAAACAGGCUGUCCUUGAGAGCUAUGUGGGAAAAGGAACAGGCACUGCAGAAAGCUUCAGGGAUCGUGAAAGCAUUGCAGAUAAAAAAAUUGGAUUUUCUCAACAGGUUGCAGAAACUUUUGCAAAACUUGGCAAGAAUCCAUCCAGGACUGAUGUGAACAAUGCUUUUAAAAAUCUAGGUUUGAAAUGGAAAGCACGUGGGAGGGAUCAGCCUGUAAAUCCCAUUAUUUCCAAAGAGGAUCUUGACCCUGCAAGUGAAGAAUUCAGGCAACAGGUUCUGGAGUCAUUUGUUGGUUUGGGCUUGGAUUCAUCUCCUGAAGAUCUGGAGGCAGCUUUCCGAAGACUUGGGUUGGAUUGUCCCGGUGCAUCUUUAUGCAAAUCUGAUGUCACUGAGUCAACUCAGACUUGCAGGGCAUCAGUUACUCCUGAAUCUUCAGGCACAACCCCAAAUAGCAGUGACACUAAUGAUCCCAGUAUUUCUACAAGUAGUAAUAUGCUGUCACCCGCACUUCCUUCAGACUCUGUUUCCAGUGAUGAUGAUCUGUUGGCAUAGCAGUAUGUGACAGUCUGCAUCUUGCAACACAUUUAACUUCUGUGCUGUGAUGACGUCUGAAUUAUGAGGUGUACAGUGUCACAUCUCCUGUGCCCAUCUUAUUGUUUCAAAGAAUCAGAAUUUCCUUGUGUCUACUAUACAAGGAUGUAUUUAAUAAUUCAGGGCCCUCCAUCCUAACUUUAAUGAGUCAUGGAUUUGAAUAGCUGCUCCAUAAAUUUUGUAGUAUUGUAAUGAUAUAUGACUGUAAAUUUUAUGUGUACAAUUUGUGUAGUAUUGAAUGCAGAUUGAUUUUAAUAUAUUUUCAGAUGAUAUAUGUAUGCUGUGCUACAAGCAAUAUGGUUGUGAAGAAAAAAUUUUAAGAAACAGAAUUUAGUGUUUGGUCGAAAGGGGAUAAUGGAAGUAGGGGAAUGUGAAUAUAAUUUUAUGUGGUUAUGUAACUAUAUUGGUAAUAAAUUAAAAAAAAUAUGCUAGAGUAACAGUCUAGAAAAUGAAAGCUUUUAUGGUAUGUAAAUAGAAGACUGCCCUAAAUAAAAUUGAUGCACCCUCCACAAAGCAUACUAAGACAUAACUGAAAUUGUUUUAUUAAUCCAUAGUAUUUAAGGUAUUUAUCUGUUACUCAUAAAGUAUAUCUUCACAAUGUAUUCUGUACAGAAAGAGUAAUUACAAUGAAUAAAUCUUAGGUUGAAGUACUGGUAAAGCUUAUGCUAGAUGGCAGAAUCAAUAUAUUUUGAAAGGAAGAACAAGAACAGUCACUAAUGCAAAACUGAAUGACUGUCGGCAGAGCAGUUUAAAAGCAGGAGCAUAGAUGACUGACGUGAUGGGAUGGUGGUUCUUGAGGAGUGACAAUGCUUCAAGAUACUAAUUGUUUAUUGUUUCUGUCAAAGCAUUUUUAACACUUAACAUUGCUGGGUUUUUAGAUUCUUUAAUCACUUGCUAUUCUGAUCAUAAGAAAACGUUUUGGAAACUGGAACCAUUUCCAUCCUCAAGUAAAAAAUGAGAGGCAGAAUGACAGAGCCAGUCUUUCUAAAGGACACAACUGAGUAGGUUCCUCCCCACCUCUUUGUCUGAUGAUGGAAAGCGAUCGAGUUUCCAGAAUGUUUUGUUGUGUUCAGAAUGUCAUGGCUGCUUUUUCCACAGUCUUUCAAAGUCACUGAUCCUGUGAUUCAGUACUAUACAGCCUAAACUACUGACAGCAUCAUUAAAUAGACCAUUAAUAAAUAAAUUACUGUAUGCUGCAGCAUUGCCUACCUUUGUAAUGGAAAAAGUCUUGAAAGUAA